CCUUGCUCUAACGACUUCCUCAUGGGAAACAUAACCAAGAGGGGAAGCAGAGACCUGGUGGCUGACAGUACCAUGUUGCUGGAGGAAAGCCUGGCCACUGCAGUGCACUGGAAACUUUAUGAGGCCAUAAUCAAGGAAGACUGUAACACAAUCAAGACACUUCUCCGAAACCACCCUGUCAACCAGCCCUUGACCAUCCUGGCCAACUCCACUAGCUACAGACUACUAAGCCAGACACAGCCCAUCUUCCCCAUCCACCUGGCCGCCGAGUACCGCAAGCCGCAGAGCUUGCUUUGCCUGUUACAGCAUGGGGCUGACCCGGAAGUAAGGGACACUCAAGGACUCACCACUCUUCACCUGAUGCUGCUAAACUGGCCAAUCAGUUCUAGCACAUGGACCAAACCAAGCACUCGGAUCCAAAAGAUCCUCACAGACAUUCAGAACAAUGCUGUCAUGUGUCUGCGCAUUCUGUGUGACCAUGGAGCUCAAGUUAACGCCCGGGUAGACAACAGCAACAAACACUCAGCCCUCCACCUGGCCAUAACGUAUGGGACCUAUCCAGUUCUCUCCUUUUUGGCUCAAAAUGGUGCCCACGUCAAUGCUAUUAAUGAAUCCAGCAUGACGCCCCUCCACAUGGCUGCAGACAUACUGAAUAAAAACAUGAUAGAGACGCUCAUUGCCUGCGGGGCCAAUGUGAACUGUGCCAUCUCAUCUACUGGAAACACAGCUCUGAAGCUGGCAGUCUGUACCGCCUCAAGCAAAGCCGGCCGGCUGCUGGCAGCAGGGGUGGGCUGCAUCCGUCUGCUGCUACAUCAUGGAGCCCAGGUCAAUGCCCAGGACCAUGAAGGCCAAACAGCUCUGCACGAGGCAUGUUUUGGAGGCAGAGAGGUAAUAAUCAAUCUCUUGCUGGAAUUUGAGGCAAACGUUAACAUUUUAACCAGAAAUGGGGAGUCUCCAAUUUAUAUGUACCUUCAGCGCGGUUCCAACAUCAGAGAUGUAACGCUACUGGCCAGGCUACUUUAUCAUACUUACCCUUUAAGACUGAGCAAUAAACAAGGGAUUCUACCUGCAGGAAUCAUGCUGCCAGAAUUCCACCUCUUAAGGGAAACCCUAAUAAAGUUAUCCAAAAAGCCUUUAACCCUAGAGGCCAUCUGUAAGAGAAACAUCAGAAAUGUUUACGGUGAGAAGCACAAAUUCCACCUGAAGCAGCUUCUCCCUGCAAAGCUCUGGGACACCAUCUACAGCGUUUAUGACUUCACCUACCUCUUGAAAUGAGAACCCUACGACCUCAGUGCCGGAGAACCUCAGCAUCUCUAA